AUGUUGAUCGUCCAAAAGUAUACCUUUGCCCAGACAACGAACGACGGAAGAUAUUGGAACUGUAGCAAGAAGCUGUCAAACAAAUGCCCGGCGAAACUGCGGUUUGAUUCCAGUGGGCGACUUGUACAUUAUGAACUUAAACAUAAUCACUUACCGCCUCAGUUUUAUAGAGACAGUUGUGGAAAAUACGUGAAACUUUAA